AUGGAUAGUUUCCAAUACAUUCAUACAAAAUAUAACAAAAGCGGAACGGGAGGUGACAGGAACAUAAAUUCAUCACCACACUCUUCGUCUGGCAAAAAUAUCAUUCUUUGUUUUGAUGGCACAAGAGAAAAUUUUGGACCUCAGCCGUUCACUAAUAUUCUAAAAUUGUAUAACCUUCUUGAGAACGGUGAUGAUUCUAAACAAAUAUGCUAUUAUCAACCCGGAAUUGGGUCCGCUGGAUUUGAUGCUGUUGUUGAUAUGAGAAGACGGUUAUCUAUUUCAUACUUGCAAAACCUGUUGGAUUCUAUGUUUGCGUUUAGUUUGGAUAAUCAUAUAUGUUCUGCUUAUCUUUUUUUAAUGAAGUAUUUUGAACCAGGAGAUAGAAUCUAUAUGUUUGGUUUUUCUAGGGGAGCUUUUAUUGCUCGUGUUCUUGCGGGAAUGAUCGAGAGAGUUGGACUUUUGAACAGGGGUUUGGAAGAAAUGAUUAAAAUGGCUUGGCAAAUCUAUGAAAGAUGGGAAUAUGAUUUACAGCCUAACAGAUUGCAGUACACAAGUACUUUGGCGGAAGAAUUCAAGAAAACAUUUUCAAGAGAUUACGAGGUAAAAAUAUAUUUUCAAGGUCUAUUCGAUUCUGUAAACUCAGUAGGGAUAUUAAGAGAUAGGCUGUUUCCUUGUACCCAAAGAAGCAAUAUUGUUGAACAUGUUCGUCAUUGUGUGUCCUUGGAUGAAAGACGUGGAAAAUUCAAGCAAUUAUGUUUCACUCCGAUGCCCUACAUUCCGAGAUUAUUUUCAUUAACAUAUUGUACGCAUUUAACUGAAAAUUGUUCGUCAGCAUCAACUUCCAAUUCAUUAAUGCAUGAUCUUAGUCCUGAGAAUCCUUUGAUAAAAUAUACUUUAAAAAGUGGCUCGCAUUCUAUUGGCAAUAUUUCUCCAUCUAUUCCUGAUAAUCGUAGAAAUCAGCUAUCAAGUAAAAGUGAAGAAACUACAGAGCUGCUGCUAGACUUGAAUUCAUUUUUGGGAGGUAACACAUGUGCAAGAGAUACAGAAUGUUCAACAAGAGGUAUUGAGGCCUUUUUUCGGCUUCAAUCCAUUCAAGGCAGCAGUAGCUCAAGUAGAAUGACUAUGACACCUGAUUUGGUUGAAAAAUGGUUUCCAGGUGAUCAUUCUGAUAUUGGCGGAGGCUGGGCACCCGACUGUGAGACAGAGGAGAACCUGUCGAAUCUAACGCUACGAUGGAUCUUAUCAGAGGCCAUUAAGUUUGGAGUUAAGUUCAAACCUGGCUCAAUACAUGAGUACGCUGCCAAACAUACUUCGGUAGGAUCUCUAUUUGCGGACUCUCAUAACUAUCUUGAUUUCAGUUCGCCAAGGAAAUGUUCUAUGUUGAGCGUAACUGACAAUGAGACUGGAGUUGAAAGCGAACAAUCCAGUAGAACUAAGAAAAUGGAAGAUUGUUUAAGACAAAUUAAAGAGACCAGAUUGAGUUUGAAAGAUGAGGAAGAAAUUAUAAAGGAUUCUUUUACUCUUAAAUGUGGGCAUGCAAGUAAGUUCAUGAGAUUAGUAUGGUGGAUAUUAGAGAUGCUUCCCAUUGGAAUACGGAUGGAAAAUAAAGAAGGUAAGUGGCAAAAUAUUCAUGUACCUAAUCUUGGACGGUCUCGCUACGUACCAGAAUAUGUCAGUUUACAUUGGUCAGUCUACUGGAGGAUUAAGCUUGAUCAUAAGUAUAGACCAAAUAAUAUGCCAGAGUAUGUGAGGCAAUUGUUUCGAGAUUUGGAAGGUAUAGAUUUGGGGACUAAUAAGCUUUUAGAUGAAUAUGACGAGCAAGUCUUUAGUGAUGAGACUAAUACCAACGAGGAAGUUUCAAGCAAUGAGGAGCAACAGGAACUCCGUUUGGGACAAAAAGCAAGUUAUUUUGCUACAACCUAUAACGCAAGGCUAUUUGAUAACAAAUAUGCACAAUUAAGAAAGAAAUUUGUGGAUUGGAACAAUAAUUCCUGGGCUGACAUUCCUGAUGAUUUAGAAGUGCAUUUACAGCAACACAAGUCACUUUAG